UCUCUCUCUCGCUCUCUUCUUUCUCUCUCAUCAGUCUUUUACUCUUACUCUCACUCUCACUCACUGAGAACCGCCAUUUUCAUCCACCACCAGAGCUCUCUUUCAUCUUCUUAUUCUUCUUCUUCUUCUUCUUCUUCGGAGGCACACCAAAUGUGAGCCGUUGGAUCUCGGUUCUGAUCAAAUCACAGCCGUUCGGUCCGCAUUACAUUCUACGAUCACAGCCAUUGACUGACCAAGCUCCAUGUGAAUCUGCUUUAGCUUCCCUUCCACGCUUCCUUUACUGGAUCUCUCUCCCCCUAACUUCCUGAUCUUCUAAAGAAAUCUUGUGGACUACUGAAGUUCAAAGGAUCAGACUUGAAUCAGUAAAAAAUGAGAGCUCUGGAGUUUGGGUUUUCAGUUCUGGUUUCGUUGGCUCUUCUGGUUGUUCUAGCAAAAGCAGAAGUUUACAUAGUGACCAUUGAAGGAGAGCCAAUUAUUAGUUACAAAGGGGAUAUUGAUGGUUUUGAAGCCACUGCUGUGGAAUCUGAUGAAAAAAUUGACACUUCAAGCGACUUGGUCACCUCAUAUGCUCAUCAUCUUGAGAUGAAACACGAUAUGCUUCUUGGCUUGCUCUUUGAGCGUGGGACCUACGAAAAGAUCUAUAGCUAUCGACAUCUUAUAAAUGGCUUUUCCGUUCAUAUUUCCCCUGAACAGGCAGAAACCUUAAGACAUGCUCCGGGUGUGAAAUCUGUGGAGAGAGACUGGAAGGUGCGGAGACUUACGACACACACCCCACAGUUUUUGGGGCUUCCAACUGGAGUGUGGCCAACAGGAGGCGGCUUUGACAGGGCUGGAGAGGAUAUUGUGAUAGGAUUCGUGGACUCUGGGAUAUACCCACACCAUCCAAGCUUUGCUGCACACAAUACUGAACCAUAUGGACCUGUUCCAAAAUACAGAGGAAAAUGUGAAAUUAAUCCAGAUACUAAGAAGAGCUUUUGCAAUGGGAAAAUAAUUGGUGCCCAACAUUUUGCCAAAGCUGCUAGAGCAUCCGGCUCAUUUAAUCCAGCGAUUGAUUUUGCAUCUCCUUUUGAUGGUGAUGGACAUGGAAGUCAUACAGCGGCUAUUGCAGCUGGAAAUAAUGGGAUUCCUGUCCGAAUGCAUGGUCAUGAAUUUGGAAAGGCGAGUGGGAUGGCUCCACGUGCCAGGAUUGCGGUGUAUAAAGCACUUUAUAGGCUCUUUGGAGGGUUUGUUGCAGAUGUAGUAGCUGCAAUUGAUCAGGCUGUAUAUGAUGGAGUGGAUAUACUCAGCCUCUCUGUUGGGCCAAACAGUCCUCCAGCGACCACCAAGACAACUUUUCUGAAUCCUUUUGAUGCUACACUUCUUGCAGCCGUGAAGGCGGGUGUAUUUGUUGCACAAGCAGCUGGCAAUGGAGGUCCUUUCCAAAAAACUUUGGUUUCUUAUAGCCCUUGGAUAGCAUCUGUAGCUGCUGCCGUUGAUGACCGCAGAUACAAAAACCAUCUGACCCUUGGAAAUGGAAAAAUUUUAGCUGGACUUGGGCUGUCCCCCUCGACGCAUUUAAAUCAAACAUAUACCUUGGUUUCCGCAAAUGAUGUCCUGCUCGAUUCUUCAAUAACGAAGUAUAGCCCCUCGGACUGUCAGAGACCAGAACUUCUAAACAAGCACUUGGUUGAGGGGAACAUUCUUCUUUGUGGCUAUUCCUUCAAUUUUGUUUCUGGUUCGGCAUCAAUAAAGAAAGUUUCAGAAACAACAAAGGCUCUUGGUGCUGCCGGCUUUGUUCUCUGUGUGGAAAAUGUUUCUCCGGGAACAAAGUUUGACCCUGUUCCCGUUGGCGUUCCUGGGAUUGUGAUCACAGAUGUCAGCAAGUCACAGGAUCUCAUAGAUUAUUAUAACGUCUCUACACCAAGAGAUUGGACUGGAAGGGUGAAGAGUUUCCAAGCUAAAGGCAGCAUUGGGGAUGGUUUGAUGCCGAUACUCCAUAAAUCAGCACCGCAGGUGGCAAUAUUCUCUGCUCGAGGGCCAAACAUCAAGGAUUUCAGCUUCCAAGAUGCUGAUCUUCUCAAACCUGAUAUUCUAGCUCCGGGUUCUCUGAUUUGGGCUGCUUGGUCUCCAAAUGGAACGGAUGAACCUAAUUACGUUGGGGAGGGGUUUGCCAUGAUAUCUGGCACUAGCAUGGCCGCGCCGCAUAUCGCAGGGAUAGCUGCUCUAAUAAAGAAGAAGCAUCCCACCUGGAGCCCUGCUGCCAUCAAAUCAGCCUUGAUGACAACAUCAACCACGAUAGAUAGAGCAGGAAGACCUAUUCAAGCACAACAGUACUCUGAAACCGAAGCAAUGAAGCUGGUCUCUGCAACACCUUUUGAUUAUGGAAGUGGCCAUGUCAAUCCACGAGCUGCGCUAGACCCUGGACUCAUUUUUGAUGCAGGUUAUGAAGAUUACUUGGGGUUCUUGUGCACGACACCCGGUAUUGAUGUGCACGAGAUAAAGAACUACACAACCUCGCCCUGCAACUACAGCAUUGGCCAUCCGUGGAAUCUCAACACCCCAUCAAUCACCAUCGCUCAUCUUGUGGGAACAAAAACUGUCAUCCGAACAGUCACAAACGUGGCCGAGGAAGAAACCUAUGUGAUCAAAACCAGAAUGGCUCCGGCAAUUGCAAUUGAAGCCAACCCUCCCGCAAUGACUCUGAGACCGGGUUCGUCAAGGAAAUUCACGGUAACUCUCACGGUUCGAUCCGUGACCGGAACCUACAGUUUUGGUGAGGUUUUAAUGAAGGGCAGUAGGGGUCACCAGGUAAGGAUCCCAGUUGUAGCUAUGGGAUACCAACGGUAGUCUGGGCCUGUAACUUAAAUCUUAAGGGUUUUGUGGUUGAUAUAUUCUUUAUAUUCUGUGGGAAUAAGAUAAUUGGCUAGAUGUAUUUGUCUGAAAUAUAUGUAAUCUGUAAAGAUGACUUUUAUAAGGGGGAGACGCCUAGUUUCUUCCACUUGAGUUUUGCUAAUUUGUUCGGUAGUUUUGGCAUACUCAUUCAUAAUGAAGUUCUUGUUUGUCA